AUGAAUAACGCUGAAAAAGUUGAGUUGGUUUUAAUUUAUGGUGAAUGUCAGCGGUUAAGUCAAGAAGGAAGAUUUCCUGAUAGACAAAUCAACCAACAAAGGCGUAGAGCAAAUUUGUUUGAUGAAGACAUAGAAUUACAGGUACUAGCAUACAUACGAGCUAACCCACGAUCGUCAAUUAGGCAUGUUGCUCUCGAAAUUGGAAUUUCAUAUGGAGAUUCUACUCGUAGGUUAGAAUUUAUAGCUUGGUUCAAUAUUCAAUUUCAUAAUAACCCUCUAAUUGUCAAUCACAUUCUUUGGAGUGAUGAAUCAAAAUUUACCAAUAAUGGCAUUAUGAAUAAGCAAAAUCAUCGAUACUGGGAUGAUACAAACCCACACUGGUCACGUGAAACUAAUUUUCAAACGGCAGCGUGUGAAAUUUUAAGAGAAGAGCAAAUCAAGGCGGCAACUACGACUGAAUUUUUGAGACGACUUGAAUCAUGUUUAGAACAUUAUGGUGGAAAUUUUGAACAAUUUAUAAGAUAA